AUGGCGGCGAUCUUCGACAGACACCACAAUGAGCACGACGAGCACGAGCACUGUGGCAACUGGUACUAUUCUAGACGAUUUUCAGACAUUAUUGUAUCAGAUGGACAUUUCAUUAUCAAAAUACCUGACAAUCUUCCUCUUGAUGCAGUUGCUCCUCUUCUUUACACUAAAAUUGCAACUUAUAGUCCUUUAAGGUACUUUGGUUUGGAUAAGCCAAGAACCAAUUUAGGUGUGGUGGUUCUUGGUAGGUUAGGUCAUUGUGCGGUUAAGUUUACCAAGGCUUUUGGUGUUAAUGUGACUAUUAUUAGUAUUUCGAUUAGCAAGAUGAAUGAGGCGAUUGAGAGGCUCUGUGCUGAUUCAUUCUUAAUUAGUAGUGAUACUGAUCAGAUGAAGAUUUAUGGAAAGAUUAUUCUUCUUGGGGCGCCUGAAAAGCCUCUUGAUUUACAUUCGUUCUCAUUAAUCACAAGAAGGAAGAUAGUUGCUGGGAGUAAUAUUUGGGGAAUAAAGGAGACUCAAGAGGUGAUUUAUUUUGCUGCGAAACAUGGUAUAACUACAUAUAUUGAGGUUGUUUCGAUCGAUGAUGUGAACAUUGCGAUGGAACGAUUGGUUAAGGGGGAUGUCAGAUACCGUUUUGUAAUUGAUAUUGUUAAUACUCUGAAAAACAAGUCAUAA